AUGGACAUGAUGCAGGAUUGGAAGAAGCGAAAGGAGCGAAGCUGGAGUGAAUUAGGUCCCCUCGGCAAACUACAUAAUAUUGCUGUCCACAUCAGAGCCAACGACUAUAGAUACAACUUGUUUCGGAAGCGAGCCGGCAAGGUCCUCGGGCUUGACAACGAUACGCGCUGGAACUCAUGGUACCUUCUGCUGGACACCGCUCUUGACAAGGAAGAGCAUGUCAAGUGGUACCAAGACAAGCACUACGACACUCUUGUAGAAAACUACUUGUCACCACAGGAUUGGCAGAAUCUCCGCGAGACGCGGAACUUUCUACAGCCGUUUUGGAAGAUAACCCUCCUUAAUGAAGGCUAUCGUUCAACGCUUGAUCGUACACUAUUCACGAUGGAUGUCCUUCACAGGCACUACCAGCAAGCAUUCAACAAAUACAAGUUGAACCAACAACUACUCGGUCCGAUACUGACGAGUUGGCAUGUCUUCGACAAAUACUACCGGCUCUCUGACGAAAGCCCGGCAUAUGGUGCGGCGCUUAUUCUCCAGUGCCGCCCGGCAGACCGUUCGAGAUCGUGGCAGGCAUCCACACCACUUCUCACGCUCACCGAUGCCACAGGAUUUUUGCAAAUGGGCUCUCGCUUCGCUAUAAUGGAGCGAAAACUGGAGUAG